AGGCCCCGCCUGCUGCAGGAGAACGACCUGGAUACGCUCCACAUGUCCUGUUUAAACAAGUCAGCCUUCUCUUAACUCACACGGGAGGGGAAGGAUGUGAAGUGUCAUCUUACAUCCUGUGAUCAGACUGCUGUAAACUGGGAGGAGGCAACACUGAAUGGACAAAACAUGGGGUCAGAUGAGGCUUACAACUUUGUCUUUAAGGUGGUUCUAAUAGGAGAGUCUGGUGUAGGAAAGAGCAAUUUGUUGUCCCGCUUCACCAAAAAUGAAUUUAACCAUGACAGCCGCACAACCAUCGGGGUGGAGUUCAGCACACGGACAGUGCUGCUCAACAACUUCACCAUCAAAGCUCAGAUCUGGGACACUGCUGGGCUGGAGCGAUACCGGGCCAUCACAUCUGCGUAUUACAGAGGUGCUGUUGGAGCCCUGCUGGUCUAUGACAUCACCAAACACCUCACCUACAAGAGUGUGGAGCGCUGGCUAAAGGAGCUUUAUGAACAUGCUGACCCCCACAUUGUGGUAAUGCUGGUAGGCAACAAGACUGACCUGGAGUCAGAGAGAUCAGUGCCUAAUGAGGAGGCCAAAGACUUUGCAGAGAAGAAAGGCCUUUUCUUCCUGGAAACCUCAGCCUUGGAUUCUACAAAUGUAGAAGCAGCAUUUACCACUGUCUUAGCAGAGAUUCACAAGAAGGUAAGCAGUAAGGAAGUGGUCCGAGGCCCCAUGAGUGCAGUUACCCUGAACAGCCCUAAAGCAGAAGACACAGAGAAGAAGUCCUGCUGCAAGAACAUCUGACCCCACCAUCCUUCAGGACUCGGGCGUCACGGUGGGGAACUCCUCCUUUUGCCCCAAGCUGGAAUUUGUUGGAGGCAACCUCAGGCACCAGUAUAAAUGGUUCUGGCUUGAAUGCUGCAACUUUGAAUUGACUGAUUUAAGAGUGGUAGAGCCGGCAUGGUGGUAAGAUGCAUUAAAACGACAGUUGAAAAUGUGAACAGAUGGAGCUGGAAACCACCAGCAGUCUUUUAAGUUACUUCUUCACUACUGAACAAAGGUCAAAGGUGAAACUAAAUUGUGUUACCUGUCAGAUUAUUCAUAAUCCAUUCAGGGAAUUGAAAACACAUCAUAGUGUGUAUGAUGUCUAAAAUAUGAGGACGCAUGUUUCAAUGUUUUUUCUUAUAAUCAGCAGCUUGAUUGGUGGAAAUGUUUGUAUUCAUUGUGAGUGUUGCUGUCACUGCUGAGCGUGUGCUCCAGCUGGUUAUCUAUGAUGAGACUGAUUACAUAUCUGUUAAGAAAUAAAUGGAGACAAAUUAC